AUGACAACCAAUAGCACUGGAUUCAGUUCGCCGAAGGAGAAUUCUGCGACGAUUAAUAUCUUGCUGAUGAGUUUAACCAUCAUACUAAUUUUUGUCUCUGCCGGAGGAAAUGCUCUAACCGUUGCUGCCGUCAGUCGAUUUAAGAAUCUGAGGUAUCCCAGUAACAUCAUGAUCGCAGCUCUAGCGAUCAGCGACUUCACUGUGGCCUCUCUGUUCACGACCAUCAAUCUGUUACGUACACACAUGCCAUUCCUCUUCACGGUCAGGCCAUCUUGCUUAGUGAUUUUAUUCAUAACACAGAUCGUGUCGCUAACCAGCGUUGUGUUUCAAGCAGUUCUGUCGCUUGAGCGAUUCUACGCAAUUCAGUUCCCGUAUUACUACCACGCACACGCCACGACAGCGAUUCAUGCGAUAUGGAGUGCUUCUAUAGCUGCAGUAAUUGUGGUUCUGAGCCUUCCUGUGCUUUUUGGAAUAGAUCACUGGUCAGAAGAAGUCGUAUGCUACUCCCAAGUUUUGUUUCCAAGUUCAUACGCUGGUAUUAUUGCAGCUAUAGUCAUUACAUUUCAGAUGCUCGGUCUUUUGGCGUUUAUGCGAGUUUUGUUUGCAGAAAUUAAAUUCAGAUGUCGAGAUCGAAAUCUGCAGACGUCGGAGAUGGAAAAGCAAAGCCUCGUUGCAGUCCACCCUGAUGGUCCUGGCAUACGGGUCAGUCAAGCUCUCGGUCAUUCACAAAAACACGACAAAGAGUAUGGUGAUUCAAAAUGUGUAAAAGCAAAGCAUUUGUACCUAAACCCUUGGAGAAAAGCAAAAGAAGAUCGUUUACUGGAGAUGUUAGCGACUUCAUUGUGGCCUCUGUGUUCACGACCAUCAAUCUGUUACAUACUCGGUCUGUUGGCGUUUUUGCGAGUUUUGUUUACAGAAAUUAAAUUCAGAUGUCGAGAUCGAAAUCUGCAGACGUCGGAGAUGGAGAAGCAAGCCUCGCUGCAGUCCACCCUGAUGAUCCUGGCGUUCGGGAUAUCCUUGUGUUUUUACAUGCCGCAUAUUGUCUGCUAUUUCUUGGGAACAUUUUCAAACUAUUCACAUAACCAUUUAAUAAUGGAGAUAGUAUGGUUGAUGGAUGUUUGUAACACGGCUGUCAACUCUUUCAUUUAUGGUCUCAAGAACAGAAAGUUGAGAAAGGCAUACAAGUGUUGUUUGAGAUGUAAGAUGACGGACGUCGAACCGCUUACCGAAUGA